AUGGCCAAAUCUUUCCCAAUACUCUGUUUCCUUUUGUUCUUCAUCAUGAUACAUUUGGUGUUACUUUCUGCCCCUCGACAAUGGUGGCCACCGCGUGGAGUUAUUAAGGUGAAAUGUCCAUAUAAGAAAGUAAAUCUGAGUUGGUACAAUCAAACAGCGAAUCCCUGCCCUGGCUUAUAUCAACCCAUCUGUGGCACUAAUUUUGUAACCUAUGACAACCCCUGCAUCCUGUGUAUUGAGAGCUUGAAAUCUCGUGGCAGAAUUAAGUUUUUCCACGAUGGAAGAUGCUAG